UCACAGUAACUUCCCUCCCGCAACCGUGGCCGGACCCGUUUUAAAUACAUUUCGCGUUGCUGUUGUCGUGGUUAAAUAUCAGUUCUAGUUUUAAAUAGUCAAACAUCUUCGGGCAGCCAUGGGGCUCACCAUCUCGUCGAUCUUCGGUCGGCUGUUCGGGAAGAAACAGAUGAGGAUUCUGAUGGUUGGACUAGACGCUGCUGGAAAAACAACAAUCCUGUACAAACUGAAGCUUGGUGAAAUUGUGACCACUAUCCCAACCAUUGGUUUCAAUGUGGAGACGGUAGAAUAUAAAAAUAUCAGCUUCACCGUUUGGGAUGUGGGUGGCCAGGACAAGAUCAGACCUCUCUGGAGGCAUUACUUCCAGAACACACAGGGUCUUAUCUUCGUAGUGGACAGUAAUGACAGAGAACGAAUUGUUGAGUCUGCGGAGGAGCUCUCCAAAAUGCUUCAGGAAGAUGAGCUGAGAGAUGCCGUCUUGCUGGUAUUUGCCAAUAAGCAGGACCUUCCAAAUGCCAUAACGGUCAGCGAACUGGCAGAGAGACUCGGCUUACAUUCACUUCGCAGCAGAAAAUGGCACAUCGAAUCCACCUGCGCCACCCAGGGCACCGGGCUGUAUGAAGGACUUGACUGGCUGUCCAAAGAGCUGUCGAAGAACUAAUGAAGGAUCGGCUGGACGGACAGCAGAGUGUGACUGAUCAACACGGGGCAUGAGAAAAGACUCAGACGUUCAAUCCAGAGCCAGUUUGUUUUAGCACCAAUGUUUACAAAAGAAAAAAA